AGGGGGGGCAGGGGGGCUGGGGCAGUCACUCAAGAGAGUGAGCGAGUUCUUUAAAGAUGGCCGGAACGGCGGCGGCGAACGCGACCCCUGUGUAUUGCGUGUGCCGGGAACCCUACGAUGUGAACCGCUUCAUGAUCGAGUGCGACAUAUGCAAGGACUGGUUCCAUGGCAGUUGUGUCAGAGUAGAAGAACACCAUGCUGUUGAUAUUGAUCUUUACCACUGUCCCAAUUGUGCAGUUCUACAUGGACCCUCCUUAAUGAAGAAGAGGAGGAACUGGCACAGACAUGACUAUACAGAAUAUGAUGAUGGUUCAAAACCAGUUCAAGCUGGAACCCGAACAUUUGUUAAACAGCUACGUGCCCGUUCAUUCCCAAGUGCUGAUGAAAUCAUUUUGAAAAUGCAUGGAAGCCAAUUGACACAAAGAUACCUGGAAAAGCAUGGGUUUGACGUUCCCAUUAUGGUACCUAAAUUAGAUGGCUUAGGUCUCAGACUUCCACCUUCUACGUUUUCUGUUCUAGAUGUGGAACAUUAUGUAGGUGGUGAAAAAGUGAUUGAUGUUAUUGAUGUGGCAAGACAAGCAGAUAGCAAAAUAAAGCUCCAUAAUUACAUCAAGUAUUUUACAAACCCUGAGAGACCAAAAGUAUUAAAUGUGAUAAGCCUUGAAUUCUCAGACACAAAGAUGUCUGAAUUAGUGGAAGUUCCUGAAAUUGCCAGAAAACUUUCAUGGGUUGAAAAUUACUGGCCAGAUGACUCGGUCUUCCCUAAGCCUUUUGUUCAGAAGUAUUGCUUAAUGGGAGUUCAAGAUAGCUACACAGAUUUUCAUAUUGAUUUUGGAGGCACUUCUGUUUGGUAUCAUGUUCUUUGGGGUGAAAAGAUCUUCUACUUGAUCAAACCUACUAAUGAUAAUCUGGCAAUUUAUGAAUCCUGGAGUUCAUCUGUUACCCAGAGUGAAGUGUAUUUUGGAGAUAAAGUUGACAAAUGUUAUAAAUGUGUAGUGAAGCAAGGACAUACCUUAUUUGUUCCAACAGGAUGGAUUCAUGCUGUACUCACUUCUCAGGACUGUAUGGCUUUUGGAGGAAACUUCUUGCACAACCUCAAUAUUGGCAUGCAGCUCAGGUGUUAUGAAAUGGAGAAAAGAUUAAAAACUCCAGAUCUGUUCAAAUUCCCUUUCUUUGAAGCCAUCUGUUGGUUUGUGGCCAAAAACUUAAUGGAAACUUUGAAAGAGCUGAAAGAAGAUGGUUUUCAGCCCCAAACGUUCUUAAUACAAGGAGUGAAAGCUUUACUUACUGCUUUAAAGCUAUGGAUGAAAAAAGAUCUUGUAACAGAACAUGCCUUUGAAAUUCCAGACAAUAUUAGGCCUGGACAGCUAAUUAAGCAACUUUCUAAAGUAAUUCGAUCUGUAGAGGAAGAGAACAACAAACCAAUCAAAACUCAGGGAACUGGUGUGUGUCAAGUUUCACGGUCAUCAAGUGAAUUGGCCUCCAUUCAUCAUUCCAGAAGAAGAGCAAGGAAGCUACGAGAUCAGUCUAUCAAAACACCUUCUAAUUUGGAUAUUCUGGAGCUCCACACAAGGGAAGUUCUUAAGAGAUUAGAAAUGUGCCCAUGGGAAGAGGACACAACCAAUUAUAAAUUGAAUGGAAGGUUUAACAAGCCACUUCAACCAUCUUCCACUGUUCCAGAAUGGAGAACAAAAGACAAUGAUUUACGGCUUUUGUUAUCAAAUGGAAGAAUAAUUAGAGCAGAACUGGUAUAUCAAAUGAAACUGGGAAAAGGCCCUCUAGGCCAUAGCUGUCACAUGUUUGAUCGCACUCAAAAAGACUCCUCACUAGAGGAAUCAGAAAGCUCAGGAGAUGAUGAAAAACAAGAAGUAACUUCAAAUUUUAAAGAGGAAAAUAAAAUAACAAAGGACCUGUUUCAAAUCACAGAGAAGCCAUCUAGGAAUGAAAAUGCAAAUAAAAUGGAAUGUCCUACCUCAACAAGUAUGGAGGAAGAAGCUAUUCAGGGCAUGCUGUCAAUGGCAGGAUUGCACUAUACCACUUGUUUACCAAGUCAUACUCAGACCACAGACAGCACUGAACGAAGAAGCUUUGUUCCAGAUCACAGAAGCUAUUCCAAAAAUAGGCAUAAAGAUAAAAUGUUUUCUCAGAGUUAUAAACCAGAACAUGGCAAGCACAUAAAAGAUGAAAAAGAAAUGGGAGAUUCAGUAUUUCUUACACCAUUACAUGCAGUUUCUAAAAUCAGUCCUCAGGAGGCAGGUAAAACUCAGAAACAUGUUAAGAAAGAAGUUGCAUCUGAAACCUGUUACAGAAUUCAAGAAAACAGGAAUCCUGUGCAAAAUAAUGGAAUAAACUUUCAGCAUAGCAAAUGUAUGCAGGACUGCAACUUAAUUGACGAGGAGUGCAGAUUAAGUGAUAGCGAUCUCAGCUCCGACCGACCAUAUGGUGAAGCAUCCACUGUACCUCUUCAUCCAACCAAGCGGCCAGCAUCAAAUCCACCCCCCAUUAGCAACCAGGCAACAAAAGGCAAGCGUCCAAAGAAAGGAAUGGCAACUGCCAAACAACGGCUCGGGAAAAUUCUAAAACUGAACCGAAAUGGCCAUGUACGAUACUUAGUUUGAUGUAGUAGCUGCUUCUGCUCUUCUUCACACAUAGACCAGUAUUGAGGAUAACAGUGCCUGGAGCUUCUGUUUUAUUCCUCUGCUUGAAGCAGAAUGCAUGUAUCUUAUUUGAACAUUGCCUGAUGAACAAAAACCCAAUGCUGCAUUUUCACUGUGCCACAUCUGCUGAGCAAUAACUUUUGGGAAAUGAAAAUAUUUGAAAAGACUAUGAAUUGGAAAAUGGUCUGUUUUUCAGGGCUCAUUUUGAUGCUUUGGUAGUGUCGGAGCUAAUUCAUGAACAGAAGAGUGAUGAAAGUGGUAAUCAAUAAUUUAUUUGUCAGAUAUUGUCAAGGAUUGAAUUCAUUUUAAGCUAUUUAUUUAGAAACCUUUUGGGGGAAUUAUUUUAAUUUUAAAAUGUCAAAAUGUGAAGGUUUUAUUUGUCUUUAAUGUCUGUCUGCAAGUGGAGAGAGCUGCAUUGUUUGUUUUUAAUUCAAGCAUUUGAUAUAAAGAUAAUAGAUUUAAAACAUGGACAUGAUAUAUUAUAUGAUUUAUUAAGUUAAGGACAUGAAAUCACAUCUUAGAUUCUGUUGUUUCCAUACAUCAUCAUGGAUGGCUUUUUUACUAACUCCUAAAGUACGAAGUCUCUGGUAGUUUAGUCCAUUGAAAUGUCUUCCCUCAUUACUUCCAUUUCCUCUUCCUGUUUCACCAUUUAUUCUGGAUUAUAAAUUAGCAUAACAUAAGCAACAUUUGCUUUAUCCCUUUCCCUUAUUUUAUUUCCAUGGUGUGGAAAUUAAUCCAUAGCCGUCACCCACGUAGGACUACAGGUAAUGAUUUAAGUAUAGACAUUUAAAUACAUUUUGUGAAGAAAGACUGUUAUAGUGGCAGAGUAUUGUUUUAUUGUCUACACAUGCCAGCUGAUUAAGGUCUUAAGUCAUUUUUGUAAAUAUGUAAAUAUGUUUGAUAGCUUUUGAAGUUUAGUAUGACAUAUUUUAUGUCAUGCUUGGCAAAGAUCUGAUAGUAAAUGCCAAUUCUAAAAUGCAUGUAUAUAACCUAGAUGAAAAAUCAUAUUUUUGUAAGAUAAAGUUGAAUAUUUAAGCUCUUUUGGGGAAAAAUGGGAAAGCAUCCGACUACCACUUUACUAAGAGGGCUAUUCAGUACCAGAGGAGGAAUAUUAGGGAUACUGCUUUAGUAGUUUGGUUUUCUUAUUGAUCAAGAGUUAAAGCAUGGCCAAAGCUACUCAGCCUCUUGACUUUCUGAAAUAAACUUCCCAGCCUUCCGGGCCUACCUAAAAUAACAUCUCUAGAUGUCCCGAAGUAGGACCUUUCUGUGCUCUAUAGUUUUAUAUUCAGUAUUUUCUGCAUUUGUGUGCAAUGUAUCUGAAUUAAACUAAUUAUACUUUUUGUUGCAUAUCAAACUAGUCACUGCAGGUACGAGGACUUAGCUGAAUUUCAAGGUUGUAGUCCUCAGUGACAUUGCCAUUGCCCCAUUUAAAUGAAUAGAUUGUUUCUAUAACUGUGAGGGAGUGAUAGCCAAAAAUUUAAGCUAAUAUUCCUAGAAUGAAAUCUGAAGAAGUAUUUUUUUUUCGUUAAGGAAAAGUAGGCUGAUUCUCUAUCCCACAUGCAGCAGGUCUCUUUCAAAUCAUUUUGGAGGGCUGAGGAUAAUUUCUAAAACAGAUGGGGAAGUUAAGAGGGAAGUUCAAUUGCAUGAGUGUACUGCAUUUGGGUAAUAAUAGAUUUCACCUUCCUUUAGGAAGUAAGCUCUGUCACAAUAAAUAAAAAAGAUUUAAGAAUACACUGAAUGAAACUGAAGAAUAAAGGAACAAAAACCAAACAGAUACAAUAUAUCUGAGGUUUUGAAAAAAAGUCUGUUUUUCUUGGCCUUCCUUCCUUCUUCAGUUUUCUUAGCAUACAAAUGUCAAAUGUAGGAAAAAAACAAGACUGGAAGAAUCUCUUGACUGCUGGCAUUGCCAAGAGAAUUGAUUACAGGGUGAAAACUCAACAUUGGAAAAAGAACAGAUUUACUAAUCAGUUUUAACUCAUUUUUAUCAUAAUAAUAUUUAUACAAAUCACAUUUUUUAUCAUAAUAAAAAAUGAGAGUUUCAAGAGUCAUAUCUUCUAACUGGGCUAUGGUACAUUAAAAUAUGUGCUUGUACUGUGUAUUUUCCAUGUGUUUUAAACUGCAUUCUGUCCUUUUUUUUAGGCAGAAAAACUGUUAGAAAAAAGCUGGUUUUGAUUUAGUUCCAAUUAUCAUAAGCCAUAUUUUUAAGAGGUUUAUUUCUUCUUGUGAUAUUCUAGCAUCAUCUGUUAUGCAAAAAACAUUGAGGCUACAAUUAACUGAAUGAUAAAAACAUUAAAAUUAUAUUUUUAUUGAUCAGAAUAACUGAUAAGUGUCACAACUGGUCUGAUUUCUCUGAGAAUAAUAAUCAUUAAAAUGCAUACCUGCAGAAGAGAGAUAGUGAGGGAGAGAAGGAGUAGGUUUCAGAUAGACUAUUUUCUAUUCCAUUUUUCUCAUUUUCUUCCCAGAUGCCCAUGCCCAUAAAUUGUUCUCUGUUGUUAUGAGCAUAGAGAUAUCUCUUCAUAGAUUACUAAAAUAAAGAUGCUGAUAAAUUUCUGGAUUUUCAUGUUUCAAACACAAUUUGAAGCAAAUCUUUUGUUACCACCUCAGUAAGGCUAUUUCUUAGACUUUGAAUGAUUUGAGGAAGGCAAAGUUAAAUAUCUCUAUCCAAAUUAAUGGUUUUGAAAAAGCAAAUAAAUUAUUGUAGUAAUAUAAUGAAAUUACAGUGGGCCAUCUCAUUUGUAUGCUAGUUGCUUUAUUUAUACAAAUCACUGUUGCACCAGAUUUUACAUUUGUAUCAGAUGUCUGAAUUUCUUUAUGUAGCCCCUUACUUGUUUUAUGUUCUUGAGGGCAAAAAGAAUAUUGAAGUCAAAUUUGAUAUAACUUUGCUCUAUCCUCAGUAGAAUGUGUAUUCAGAGAAAGAUUCUUUUAUAAAAGUAGGCAUUAGUAUUUCAGCUAUAGGUUAGAAUUAGUUUAGACCUCUUCCUCCCUAAACCAAUAGGGUAAAAUAAAGUAUUUUGGAUUAUGUUGAAGACAGAAGGAAAACCGAAUUUUAGAGCAGCAAUUUUAGCAGCAUCAUUCUAAGCCACAUGUCUCAUUGUCCAAUA